AUGGACGUGCUGCAAUUGAUUCUGCUGCGGUUGGCGUCAACGUGGGCGCCGCUGGUGGUGCCGACCACCACCUCGCUAUCGUAUAUCGCGCCGACGAAGGUGGCGGCGUUAACAAGCACGCUUAGUGCUCUUUCGCUGCUGUUGGGGAAAGCCGAUAAGGCCGCCGAUGCCAUAUUCAUUAUCAAGCUGAUGCGAGCGGCGGAGGCGCUGUUGACCGUCGCUAGAGGCCAGCAAGUGUUGGCAACGGCCACCGCUCCAUCAGUGGUGGCUCAGGCGCUGAGUGCUGUUUUCAAUGCUACCUUGAAUUUGGUUGAUUUGGAGACUAUUGAUAAUUUCUAUGGGACCCGUUUGAGUCUCGGUGGUAAUGCUGUGUUUACCGCUUUGUUCGGCUUACUCUGUUUAUGGUACUUGAUUGUUACCGUGUGGCUGCGACACGUCUAUUUCGGCGUGUGUAUGUUCUGUGGCACUGGUCUUGAAUUUGCUGGCUACCUCACGCGUACCCUAGCUGCCAAUGGCGAGCAAAACACGCUUCUGUACUUUCUCUGCCAGUUCAUUUGUAUCACGAUUGCCCCCGCGUUCAUCAUGGCGGGGAUAUACUUCCUUUUGGCCCAGCUCGUGGCCAUAUACGGACGGAAAUACUCGCUACUUCCACCGAUGGGGUACCUGUACAUUUUCAUUGUGUGUGACGUGAUCUCGCUUGUGGUACAGGCCGCUGGUGGUGGGUUAGCUGGUACUGCUUUCUCUCGCGGAGAUGAUGCUGAUCCCGGUACUUAUACCAUGGUGGGCGGGAUUGCGUUUCAAGUAUUGCUGAUGUCGCUUUUCCUCAUCCUUUUAUUCCAGUUCUUGUGGCUGGUGUGGCGUGUCGGGAGUGGCUUUGGUAUGGGCACUUUUGGACGUAUGCUCUUUAAUACUCGCUCCGCUCAAGCUCGUAAACGGGAACAGGACCCGUACUAUACUCCCGAGUAUGCUAGUGUACGUCACCGUCAGUUCUUCGGCGUGUUCCCCUUGAUUAUCGUGAUAUCCGUCGGCUUUGUCUACGUGCGGUGUAUUUACCGAGUGGUGGAGUUAGCUGAGGGCUGGAGAGGCUAUUUGAUCACCCACGAGCCCUACUUGCUCGUGUUGGAGUCGAGUAUGAUCUUCUGUGCUACAGUGUUGUAUACGGUGUUCCACCCGGCGUUGGUGAUGGGGCGUGGCGUUGAUCUCUCGUCUAAAGCGAUCCGGGGUAAACGCUCGGCGAAGCAGACGGAGCCAGUACCUGAGGAAUUGCCAGUGGCAGCCCGCGAAGAACUGCUUACUGAUACCACCGAAGUGGUACCCGUUCAAUACCCCGAAAAGUACUAG